ACUACUUUGUAUGGCACAAGGAUAGACUAAUGCCAUAACACUGUGCGGCUGUUGGCCCACCCCACCGACAUAAUGCUCGUUGAUCUAGGCUGCUGCUCAUCUGAAGUCAUGUUCGUGAACAAGAAGAUAGCAAGCAGCUAGCCACUGCUUUCAACAUGGCGGAGACCCACAGCUUGCAGGACAUCAGACAGCAAGCGGCCAUCGCUGCCAAGGUGUUCAUCCAGAGAGACUACACCAAUGGAACUGUGUGCCAGUUUCAGACCAAGUUCCCCUCUGAACUAGAGACCAGGAGACUCAAGUCAAGCUCUGUGGCCGGCUGCCAUGCUGUCACAUGGAAGUGCCUGUGGAUCCAGAAUUCCAAGGACAGAACUUGGUUCUCCCUGUGUUUUGUGAUUGCCGCAGAACAACGAUCGACUUCACAGCAAAACAGUGGCAGACGACCCUGCCCACCAGACUUGGGUAGUCCUUCAGAGAUUGACAAGCAGCAGUUUGAGGAGACGGUGCGGACACUGAAUAACCUAUAUGCUGAAGCGGAGAAACUGGGAGGCCAGUCGUACCUGGAAGGCUGUCUGGCUUGUCUUACGGCCUACACAAUCUUCCUCUGUAUGGAGACCCACUACGAGAAGGUCUUGAAGAAGAUCGGCAAGUACAUCCAGGAGCAGAAUGAUAAGAUCUACGCACCGCGAGGGCUGCUUCUCACGGAUCCAAUCGAGAGAGGGCUGAGAGUUGUUGAAAUCACCAUAUUUGAAGACAGAAGCACGGGGUCCGGAAGAUAAAACACUCUGAAGCGCAGAUUGGUUCAGCUAAUGCCGCCUGUUUGGAAUCAAACUCUCAGAGUGCCGUUUGCUGCUGUGGCCUGGAGUCUCGUAGAGACUGUUAGCCAUGCAGUCACCAGAGAUGGACUGUGGCCUUGUAUCUCUCCAGUAACCCACAUGAUUAAUUUUACAUGGACUAAUCCAGCUUGUGUUAAUACAUUUAUAAAUUGCCUGCUUAUUUACAUUUAUUCCAUUAUUAAAAAAGUGAUAUUAAAACUAGCAGGCAACUCAGACUUGUUUUUUUAUGGACCGGUUGAUGACAUAAAGCCAAUUCAAUUACAAUUUGUGACAUGUGCAAUAGUACCCAGCUGUGCUUUACAAAAUCUUCAGCCUCAUUUUCAGUUAUCCUUAUGAGCAUAUGAGAAACACAGAGUGUCCCGUGAAAUUAAUUGUUCCGGGAUUAAUGUUGCCUUGUUCCAGCACAGCUCUUUAGCGUAAAUAUUGGGGCCAGCUUGUUCCAUGAGUAAUUCAGUCUAAAACGGAGAAAAACAUUACUGUUUUGGCAGCAGCAAUCCUGUGUAAUGUGCUAAGUGCCAUAAUGUCAAGUUAAGUUUAUUUAAAGUGCGUUAUCACCAAUGUAGGUCUCAAAACACUUUACAAUAAAGGAAUACAUAAAAUAAAGUAGGAUGCAUAUACACAUAUAGAAAAGACAAAUAUACACUUGCAUUCACACAGGCUUCUCUGUGCUGCCUGUCCUCCUCACUUUCUUCCUUAAACGGCUGAACACACAGCCUUGCGCUCGCUGUUCGCCAGGCCAGAAACUUAACGGUUGAGGUUGAAGUGUGUGAUGGAUCAGUCUCUCGUGUAAUUGCUGCAGACCUAAGUUUGCGGCAGGGGAACACGGCCCGUUUACAGUAAUGGCUGGGAAAUGAGUCAUGACGAGGUUGCCGGUGUCAAGUCCGCCCAGCUGAAACUCGUGCGGUGGGGUACCCCUCGAAAAAUGGUGCCCAUCGUAUCCCACCUUCCUAUGGGUGGCAGGGUUCUGGCUGUCAAACCAUCCCAGAACGGCCCUCCCUCCCCAGGAUACUUCACACGUGCUAUUGCUGCAAAAUCGGUUGACAACUGAAAUUUGUUUGCUGGCAUUCCUUCAACAAGGUUUUCCGUGAGGAUCUCUGCUUUGUAGAUUAUGUCAAGGGACGUAAGAGAUUUGAGGUUUGAUGUGUAAUGCAUUUUAAAUGAGCUGCACUCUGCAGAGCUGCAGAUGUGAAAGAUAGGUGGGGUUGUGUUCCAGAGCGCAGCCCACAGAGAGUAACGGUCACUUUACGUCAUCUGGCAGCUCCCUGUGCGAGACAGUGGCAGUCUGCAUGGCCGCUGGAGUCUGCAUCUUCUGUCUCGUGAAAUGGACCC